UUAUCAUAAAAUGCUAUAAAUUUAGUGAAAUUCUUGUGAAUAUAUAGAAACAAGAAAAAUAAGCACAAAAAUGGCUAAUGUAAAAGCAGCUCCAAAGGAACAACCAAAAGUACCUCCACCACCACAGCUAGUACCAAAGGUUAUAAAUGGCGGCAUCGCGGGCAUCAUCGGCGUGUCCGUAGUGUUCCCCAUCGACUUGGUGAAGACGCGGCUGCAGAACCAGGUCAUCGGCCCCAAUGGCGAGAAACAGUACAAAAACAUGUUGGAUUGUUUUAAGAAGACAUACGCCCAAGAGGGAUACUUCGGUAUGUACCGCGGUUCGGCGGUCAACAUCAUUCUCGUCACGCCCGAGAAAGCGAUCAAGCUGGCUUGCAACGAUAUGUUUCGCUACUACCUCACUUUGCCUGAUGGGACCCUGCCGAUUUUCCGGCAGAUGAUCGCAGGCGGUGCGGCGGGCGCGUGCCAGAUCGUCAUCACCACGCCUAUGGAGCUACUGAAGAUCCAGAUGCAGGACGCGGGCCGCCUGGCUUCGCAAGCGGAAAAAGAAGGCCGGAAGUUCGAGCGUCAGACGGCGAUGCAGCUGAUCAACAAACUGCUGGCCGAGCGCGGCAUCAUGGGGCUGUACAAGGGGCUCGGCGCCACCGCCGCCCGCGACGUGUCCUUCAGCGUCAUCUACUUCCCCACCUUCGCCAUCCUCAACGACAUGGGGCCGAAGGAGCCCGGCGCCAGCAGCCCGCCCUUCUGGUGGUCGUUCAUUUCGGGGUGCAUCGCGGGCUCGUCGGCCGCGAUCGGCGUCAACCCUCUCGACGUGGUGAAGACGCGCAUGCAGACGCUCACCAAGGGCGCGGGCGAGCGCCAGUACACCGGCAUCGUGGACUGCAUCACGACGACGCUGAAGAACGAGGGCAUCACGGCGUUCUUCAAGGGCGGCACCUGCCGCAUGAUGGUGAUCGCGCCGCUCUUCGGCAUCGCGCAGACCAUCUACUACAUCGGCAUCGCAGAGUCUCUGCUCGGCUACCCGAGAUAAACGAAGGCGGCCACGUAAAACGCAUCAAUACCUACGAUUUCAAUAUAAGUAAUCAGCCUGUGACUGAUUGCAAUCGAUGGGUGGGCGUUUAAGUAUUUUAUUGAUCUGAAUUUUUGUUGAUCGUUUACCAAAUAUUGUGCAAAUCGAUGGAAACAAAUUUAAUUGCAGAUUACUAGUUCUGUUCGGGGAAUAAAUGGGCUCUCAUUGAACCAGUGAGCCAGUCGAUACUUUCUGACAGUCGCUGGCGUCACUUACCAGGGUGUACUUGGUAAAUCACACAAAAUUAUUUAAUAGAACAUAUUUCAAUAUUAAAUUGACAGCAGGGCCGCGUUGCAUAAUAAACUACAAGCAAAGAUAGAUAUAACUCCGUAAUAGAUGGAUACAGUCUAAGCAAAAAACGUGCCUCGAAAAUCAAGAAAAUUUGAUUCUCGUUCAGAUGGCGUUGACGGUUUCGUUUGUUAUUUAACAAUUUUAACGCAUAUCAGUGAAAGAACAUGGGUCAAAAUCAUAUAAAAAUAAUUAAUGCAGUAAAAAAAAAAUAUUUAUCCGUAUAUAAAUACAUUUUUUAAUUAUUUUUUUUAGUUUUAAUCGUGUGUCGAUAGAUGGCAGUGAAUUUACUGUGGCUACAAAAUGGAAUAUGACAGUACCGCUCUAUCCUGUUUUAUCCUCUUUGCUACAAGUAAUAUUACAAGCGGAACUCCUUUUCUAAUCAGUGGAAUUAGAACAGGAGUUCCGCUUAUAAUAUUAGUUGUAGUUUAUUAUGCAACACGGCCCAGAAGUCACAAUAAAUUGAUAUUGUUAAAAUUCUGUUAUUAAAAGCAGAACGAACAUUGUUCAGAAACUAUACACUUAUUAUUAUUGUUAAAAAUCAAUUGUUUACGUUUUAAGCCCCUGUGUUACGCUUAUAGCUCAAUUAUUUUAAAUUUAGGUACUUUAAGUUACUUUAGUGUAGAGCAAUUAAAGUGAUAUUACUUUAUUUAUUGUUACCGUAAUUUUAUUAUUACUCUGCUGAAGUUAGGGCUCGCUGAACAAUUAAAUUUAUUGAAAUGUAUAUUUUUAGGUUCACACACUACGCGUGAGUUCUUAGGUAACUUGUUACGCAAAAUUGCAAAUCCGUAUAAACGACAUAGAUGUCUGUAACUAUAAAAACAAAACGAACGUGGAUUCUCCAUUUCAACACACUAUAAGUUCCAGGCUGUGUAUGUUGUACUGUUAUUUUAAUUAAAUUGUAAUUAUUUUUAUUGCUUUUUUUACAUUUUAUUUAUAAUAUAUAUUUUUAGCCAAGGAUGAGAAAUGUUAUGAAGUAAAAUGAUAUGAUUGUAGUGUUUGGUUCUGUCUAACAGAACAUUCUCCUAAAGACAUCGGUCGUCCAUUAUUAAAUUUAGUCGCUUGUUCGUAUAAGUUUAGAGAUGUUGAUAUGUUUUAUCAGUGAUGAUGACAAUAAUAUCAUGUGUGUAAAAUAGCGAACUAGGUAGCACGAAAUUAACUUAGCACGUGUCCAAUUUUAUCAAUGUCAAUUGAAUGAUGCAUGUGGUGAGUUACUGUAGAAUACGAUUCUCAUCUCGAUUGUUACUGAUAAGACAAUCAUAUAAUAUUAUCACACUGCCUAUAUACACUUAAAGAGGGUGUGUCAAAAAAAAAAGAACAAUGUCUAAUUUCAAGUUUUUCGAAAAUCUAUUGACAUUCAUACAUUGCACAUAAUCUAGUCUAAGACAAAGUUCUUAUAACCAAACAAAAUAUUCUUCGUUGAAUAUUGAGCGUAGUGAAUUGCGUGCUGUAGUAAUCAAAUUGCAA